AUGGAUAACGAUCAACAGGAAUCAUUUCAGAACAAGCGGAAAAGGCUCUCACUUGUUCCAAGAGCAUGUGAAGCCUAUUUGCGUGAAAUAAUCAAGGCUCACAAAUUCUGCAGAGAAGAGCAUGUCAAUUCCCUGGAGAGCCGGCUUCGUGAUCUUGAAAACCAACUCAGCAGCCGCCAUCUUCCAGCUCAUUCCACCGGAUCUACCCCCACUACAGAUAUACCUACAAACAAUGCCAGGCUCGUACCUGUCUCCAACAUACCAAUCACUCUAUACGAAGGCGACUCCUCAUUUAUCAGCCAGUCAGCUCGUGCCAGAGAGACCGCCGAGACGAUCGCCAAUUACGCAGCUGAAUCUAAUCUGAACGCCACAUUCCAUUCGCUGAAAAGCCUCCUUCAGCCUGCAUCGCAAAAUGACCGCGCAGUCGAUCAUAUGACUCACAAUCCUAAACAGAUAUACCUGCCAUUGCCCGCUGAGCUCGUGCUAGCGAUGUUGAGAAGCUACCAAGAUGAAAAACCUCUCUUUCUAUCAUCUUACCCUUUUAGUAGCUUAUCUUUGGUAGAGGAUAUCUGUCAGAAGGUUUACUUCCCGAUGCGGCCCGUUUCCGCUGGCAAUGUCGCGGCGAUGCAUGGAAUAUUAUACUUUCUUAUGAAAGAGUCUACAAUGCGGAAAGAUGCGCUAUCCAAGGAACUCAACCUUGAAGGCCAUAUCUUAAAUUGCAAAAAGAGCUUUGAGGCUGCUAUUGAAAGCUUUGAUGUUCUGACGGUACCUACCUUUGAGAACGUUAUUGCAUUAGUUAUGGGGACCUUGAAAGCACAAGAUGAGUCCAAGCCUCUGGUAUGCUGCCAAUUAGUAUCUGCAGCUGCCCGUCAUUGUCAGAUGCUUGGGUAUCAUCGCGAAUCGACUUAUCAACGAGAAAACGAUGCGAUCGCUGAGAAUAAACGACGCAUUUUCUGGUGCAUUUACGUUUUUGAUAAAAGCAUGUCUCUCCUUCUGGGUCGAGCUUCUUAUAUCCAGGAUUUUGACAUUGAUGUACGAUUGCCUUCUUCGAACUUAGACCCGGCUAUUCGUCCCUGGGAUGAGGCAGUAUGUUAUAUUAUCAAACUCGCAAGAUUUCAGGGGCAGAUAUAUAACAAACUCUACUCUGCUUCCGCGCUGAAAGCAACCGCUUCCGAGCGCGUGAUGCUUAUACAGGAGCUUGAGCUUGAGAUGCAGGAGUGUCAUAGGCAAAGAUAUAUGAUCGAUACAAGCAAAGUUAGCCAACCAGGUUUGUUCGACAUAGGCCAACGAACUUGGGACGUCUUGUACUACUCAGCCUUGACAUCUCUCUUACGAGCAUCGUCGUCUUUAAGCAAAGGGGGCGAAAUCGGCUCAAAAUGCUUCGAAGCCGCGCGUUCAAGUCUGAGAAGCCACUUGCGGUGCUUUCCCGAGUAUAAUAAUUCUGAGGUCUUCUCUGUCGCUGACUAUGCAAAUUGGGUCCUAUUAUACUCAUCAUUCACCCCUUUCAUCGUUAUAUUUCUCCACGCCAUCGCCGCAACAAGUAUGGACGAUGUAAAUCUCCUCGAAGAAGUCGUUGCGACAUUAUACAAUACCCGGGGUGUCUCCAGUGCAUCAGAGCGUCUGUAUAGUAUCGGGGUUAACUUUGCGCGAGUUGCGCGCGGGUUAGUCGCGGCACAGAAAUCUUGUGUGGGGAAGUAUAAUGAGCAGGAAGACUCGUUGCUUUUGUCGGGUGAUACGAGGAAACCUGAUGCUUCUCGCUUGGACGGUUCAACUCCGCAGGAUCCUUUUGGUGUGGAUAUGAUGGAUUAUCUUACGUACCCUGAAGCGCAGGAUAUGUCUGCGCUUUUUGAGAGUUGGGACUGUGGACAGCCGUCUGCGAUGGAUCUGUUUGGGGCGAGUCUUGGUGAUUGUUCUCAUUGA